UUGAUAAUUCGAAAUGACAAGCAUGUAGUUUUUGAAUUUGAAAUUGUCAAGUUCAUAUUAUUAUCAGAAAAAUAAUGUUUUCAGCUGGGAGUUUCAUGCGUAGAGUUUGCUCAGAUUCUAAAAUUUUGAGACUCCGGAGUUUAUCCAGUAAAGUUGAAACUGACAAGAAAACAAAAACUGAUAAAAAACCAAAGUUAAAGACGUUCAAAAUUUAUCGGUAUAAUCCGCAAGAUAAGAAUAAGAAACCUCAAAUGCAAUUAUAUACAAUAGACUUGAAUGAUUGUAGGCCCAUGGUCCUUGACGCCUUGAAUAAAAUCAAAACUGAACAAGAUUCCAGCAUUUCUUACAGAAGAUCCUGCAGGGAAGGUAUAUGUGGUUCUUGUGGUAUGAAUAUUGAUGGUGUAAAUAGGCUGGCAUGUUUACACAAAAUAAAACCACGAGGUACAACGAAAAUAUAUCCGCUUCCACAUAUGUACGUUAUCAAAGAUCUAGUCGUAGAUUUCAACAAAUUUCUUGAACAGCACAGAAGAAUAAAGCCUUAUCUCAUUCGAGAUGAACUGACAGAUAUUGGAAAAGAACAAUUGGUUCAGAGUGUCAAAGACAGGGAUGAUCUGGGCUGCUGGACUCGUGCCAAACGCACGAAGGUUGGUCUUUUGAACCUUAACUACACUGAGGGUUUCCCGUUUGAAAUUCCUCCUGUUGAGGUUGAAGCUUAA